GGCAAAUAAAAAGAAGCAUACGUCGGCUGUCAAUUAAUAUUAAGUGAAUCAAUACGCUUGCAAGAAAGAUUUGUAAUUUAUAGUUGCACAAGAAGGCCAAUUCCUUCCAAAAAGGGCAAAAGGGUAGAAUGAGUGACGCAGAGUUAAAUGAUCAAAAAUCUGAACUGAAUGAAAUGGUUACUGAAUAUAGCCACAGAAUGGGAACUAUAAAUGAAGAACAAGAUGAAGGCAGUUGUUAUGAAAAUAAAAUCACCUCAGCGGAGAAAGUAUUAUUUGGCGAUAAGCACGUUUUUAUCAAAACGCUUAGUGCAGCGGUAACGCGAACGUCGGCUCUUAAAUAUGAUCGAAAUCUAGAAUUGCAAGGUUGCGUAAAUGUAAGCAAAAAGCGAAAGCCCGCGUGGACGGAUGUGGAUGAUGAAGAAAUACAAUUGGGUGAUAUGCGCAAAACAGCUAAAUCUACAGGCCCAUUGAAUCAUUUGGAAAUAGACAAACCUUACAAGGAAUAUUUAAAUAAUAAAUUCAAACAUAUAAUUAGUCAACCAAAAUGGGCUGAUACUAGUUUGAAAAAUGAGUCAGAUGAGCAAGGCGAAGAAUUGUUACGCAGUGUAGGUUUCUUAGAUAAGAGUCGGGAAUAUUCCCUGGCCGCGAACCACAUAAAAUUCUCUCGGCUCAAAGAUUUAAAUCGUGCUACAUACGGCGAAGGUCCAAUAAAUUCCAUUGCGUUUCAUCCCUUCAGCACAGCCGCCAUCGUCGCCGGCGAGGAAGGUAUCGCCUCUAUAUAUGCCAUUGACGGUGUACAAAAUGAUAAACUACACAAUAUCCACAUACCGAAAUUUCCUAUAAAGAGUGCUAAAAUUUUACCUUGCGGUACAAAAGCCGUAUUGGGUUCAACAGCACGUUAUGCUUAUGUGUACGAUUUGAUGACUGCGAAGGAACACUGUUACAAGCUACGCAGAGACCGAGGGCACUUGAUUAGAUUCCAAAUCUCAUCGUGCGGCCGCUAUUUGGCUAGUGCAGGCUUAAAUGGUGAAAUCCAUAUGUAUGAAGCGAAAACUAUGGAAUUAAUACGUACUUAUAAGCAAGAGGAUGAAGCGAGAGACGUAUCCUUCACUGCUGAUUCGCAGCGCUUAAUAUGUAAUAGUAAGGGCUAUAAUGUAUGCGUUUUCUCAAUACGACAACAAAAGCUUGAACAUCGCUUUAUUGACGAGGGAUGUAUUGCGGGUAAUGUUAUGGAUCUUUCUAUAAACCUAUUGGCUACAGGUACCAUGGAGGGCAUUGUUAAUGUGUACGAUUUUAGCAAAGCCAUGCAGUCAUCAGCGCCACGCCCAGAAAAAUCUUUUUAUAACUUAACUACUGCUAUCUCAUGUGUGAAAUUUAAUAACACGGGGGAAUUGCUGGCAUUUUCCUCAAGCAAGGCUCGCAAUGCCGUGAAGUUGGCUGAUUUCCCUAGAGCUGCAGUUUAUGCGAAUUUUCCCAACAAUGGAAAAUUUGGUAAAAUACGUACAUUGGAAUUCUCCCCAAAAUCGGGCUAUUUAGCAUUAGGUAGCUAUAAAGAAGUUCCUCUAUUAAGGUUGAAGCAUUUCCAAGAUUAUUAAUGUUAUAUGUAUAUUUUCGAAAUUUUAUUUUAACUUCAGUUUUCUUUUAGUAUUUGCGCAUCAAUAAAGUUUAAUAUA